AUGGUCGAAGAAAAUGACGAGCAUGAUCAUGGCCAGGAGCGGAGUGUUCAACCAGAGGCGCUCGACGAGAAGACAAACGAAACAGCACCCACAGAACGUAAAAUAAACUCAUCUUCGCAACCUGCAGGGCCCUCUACCUCACCUCGAGAAAACGCUGGCCUCGAAGCCGUCCAGCCCCAGCACGACAACGACCGUGACAAUGACGACACGAACAUUGUCCGACGAUCACAGGCCGCCAAGACGGCAGCGAAGACGGAGGACAUGGAAGCCAGUGGCGCCACUGGCACCACGCAGACACAGCUGCAGCUGAUGUCUGCCCUGACCCACGUCUCGUCUGCUGGCCCCGAUGCACCGGCCCAGCCUUGGUCGUCGUUUAUAGAGAUCCCCGACGAGUUCUACGACCGUCUGGCGCCGCGCCGCAAAAUGGCUAUUGUCGCCCUGUUGUCGUUUUGCUCGCUCUUGGCGCCAAUCUCGAGUACGUCCGUGCUGCCGGCCGUGCCCGACGUCGCGGCCGAGUUCCACAGCACGGGCUCCAUUGUCGACAUCAGCAACGCCCUGUACCUGCUGUUCAUGGGCCUGUCCCCGACCGUUUGGGGUCCGCUGAGCGAGGUGUACGGUCGCCGCCCCAUCACAUUGGCCACGUCGUUUCUCUUCUUCUGCUGCACAUUAGGCACUGCGCUCGCGCCGAACCUCGCUGCCUUUUUCGUAUUCCGCGUCCUGUCUGCUUUUGAGGGCACAGCCUUUAUCCUGGUCGGCUCGGCGGCCGUCGGUGACAUUUACCGGCCCACCGAGCGCGCCACCGCCAUGGGCUGGUUCAUGGCCGGCACGCUCGUGGGCCCAGCCUUUGGGCCCUUUGUCGGCGGCAUCAUUGUGACGUACAAGUCGUGGCGCGUCAUCCUUUGGCUGCAGGCCGCGCUGGCCGGCACCGCCUUUGUCGGCACCCUGGCGCUGCUGCCGGAGACCAUCCACCACCGCAAGAUCGACAGCCUUGCUGGCUACCCGCUGCGCAGCAAGCUGCGUGUGCUGGGCCCUAUGCUCAACCCUGUGCGCGUCAUCCGCCUCUUCGUGUACCCCAACCUCGUCAUGGCCGGCAGCGCCUCGUCGUCGCUCGUCUGGAACAUGUACGCGCUGCUCACACCCAUCCGCUAUGUGCUCAACCCGCGCUUCCACCUGACGACGCCCAUGCAGUCCGGUCUCUUUUACCUGGCGCCGGGCAUCGGAUACGUCUGCGGCACCUUCUUUGGCGGCCGCUAUGCCGACCACAUGGUCCGCCGCUGGAUCAAGAAACGCAACGGCCAGCGCGUCCCCGAGGACCGCCUCCGCUCGGCCCUCCCCUUUCUGGGCGGCGUCAUCCCUGCGUGUGUCCUGGUGUAUGGCUGGGGCGUCGAGCGCGGCGUCGGCGGCAUUCCCCUGGCGGUGAUCAUGCUGUUCUUGCAGGGCGUCGCCCAGCUCUUUUGCUUCCCCAGCAUCAACACCUACUGCCUCGACGUCAUGCAGAGCCGCGGCAGCGAGGUCAUUGCCGCCAACUACUUUGUGCGCUACCUCUUUGCUUGUGCCGGCACCGCCGUCGUCCUGCCGGCCACGGAGCGCAUCGGCGUCGGCUGGUUCAGCACCAUCAGUGCGCUUUUCCUGGUGGCCAGUGCCGUCGCCUUGUGGACCGCCGUCGUCUGGGGCCAGCAGUGGCGCGACCGCGUGGACCGAUGGCGCGACGGGCGCCGCAAGGCCGAGUACGAGCGGGCCCAGCAGCGGCUGCAGGAGCGGACAGCGCCAACUGAACAUCCAUGA